GUUGUGAAAUGGCAGCACUUAAGAUAUUUCACAAAAAGGUUGGCUGUGCUGCAAAAGCGCCAAAAGACAAAUAAUUGAUUUUCAAUUUAAAAACAGAGAACGACUGAUUGUGAUUGUGUAAUAAAAUUUAUUAAUUAGACGUGAAUCGCAUAUGUAAGUUUAAAUAAAUAUAAUUGAGAAUGUCGAGCGAAUAUGAAGCGGCAUUUAAAGGCACGCGUGAAAUGGCCGUCAGCGCAAUGCACCGGGUUCAGCAACAACUUCAAACACUGCAGCAAGAUGGGAGUAAGGAUUCCAAUAGGCACGAAAUACAAUUAGCAUUAUCAACAUUGCGUACCAUUUGUACUGUCGCUGCAAAACCGGAGGGCCAACACUAUGCUGUCUACUGUGAUACAUUGGUUCAUGUACUGGGAAAGCAUAUACAACCAACAAUGAGCACUAAAUAUUGGACAAUGUACCUGGAACAUUUGCGUUAUUUACAUCAUUUGGUGGCAGAUAAGAAAAUGUUUACCGAGGCUAAAAGUAUAUGUGACCUUGUUGCAAGUUACGCCAAUUAUCUGAAGAGUGAGGGCGACUAUAAAAUAGUAUUAGGCAUGUUCUUGCAACACUUACUCUGUCAACACAGUCACGUACGCUUGAAUGCUCAACUAGCGCAAGAGCAUAUAAUCAGCAUAUUAGAAGCGCUUAAAGAACUGUUUGUGCGUAUGUUGCAAUGUAACAAAAGUGAAAAUUUUACAUAUCCAGAAUUAAUAACAGAUUUCAUACAAUAUCUGGUGCCAAAACGUGUUUCUACGGUUUUCAAUUAUCUCGCAACACUAUCCGCCAAUAAAACACAAAUGUAUGAUGCUUUCUUCGUUUUACUUAAGGAUGAGCGUACAUUGCAACCGUCAAAGGAAGUGCUACAAGCACAUUGUCAACGUCAUUUAGAAGCGCUCACCGUGUUCUUUCAAUUGGAUGUGCCGGAUAGGUUGCAGCAACAAUUGGCUUUGCGACAUUUGCGCGCAUGUCGCGAAAUGUCAGUGUUUGCUAGUGACAAAAGUGCCAAUUAUGUGUUUUCACUAUUAUAUUAUCUGGUGAAGUUGGUUUAUGGUCUACCAAAUCCUGGCGAGUUUCAAGAUAUAUAUAAAGAUCUAAGUCAAAAACUAACUACUUUCUUCGAACGCUAUGGAGAGUUGUUAAUGCAAGAGCGUUGGUUCACCGAUGUGCCUGUUAUAAUUGCCGUGCUAUUGACGCAAAUGCAGCAACACCUCACGACACCCUUCACAUUUUUCUGGCAACACAUGAACAGCAUUGAGUGUUAUAUAUCGCAUUUUGAAAUAAUAUUAAGCUGUAUACGCUUAGCGCCACGUAUUACCGAAACGAAAUUAUUAAAAUUUGAUUGUUGCACCAGCGCUAGAAAACACACAAUAAUUUCAUUUGUUGUUAGUUCAUUGGCUGCCUUUUCAUCCUAUGCCGCCGCAGUGGAUGACACAACGCAGGAAAGUGCAGAACUUUUUGUCAGUUUUCGCACACAAUUGCUGACGUUGAUGCGUCACGGCGUCAGUGUGCUCGAUUCUUUAGCCUGUAUAACGCCCGAUACGGCAGAAUUGAAAUUGAUCUACGCACGCAUCGUACAACUGACGUUGGAUAUGCGCACGCCAGCCCAAAAGCGGCUAUGUAUUACAUUAGCUGAGUUUCUCUUACGCAUACGUCAUAAAUUCGCAAUUAAAGAUUGGACAAUGCUACUGCGUCGUCUCUACAAAAUGACAUUGGAAACGAAAGAAACAACUUUGACUUUAGAUUUACAUGUAGCACACAUUGCUUCAAUGCUACAGGAAAGUGCUUGGCCCGACAUUAAUACAUUGCGUACACGCAUUGGACACUUCCACACCGCCUCGCCAUAUGUGUCACCUGGCCAGUGUAUACUGCAAUUAGCCAUGGAGAGUCACAGUCCAUUUAAAGUUUUUCUUGAAGCGCCACAGAAGCACUUAUUGCAUUGGUUGGAGACACAACAGUAUCUCAAGUAUCAUAAGAGCAGUGAACAACUACAAACAACUUUAAUGCGUUGUAGUCCUUCAUUGUAUGCUGAGGUGUUGGUGGCGCGUGGUGCUGGUGUUGGUGGUGCACUACCCAACGCAGUACUUACACGUCUGCAACAACUUAGAAAGGAAUUAGAACAGAAGAUAGAGAAAACCGCGGGUUUGACACGUUUGGAGCAACUCUGCUGGGCGCAUAUAAACACAGCGCUGCUGCAUGAUGCAUGGAAAGUACGCAAGAGCACGUUGGCAGCAGAAAUCAAGUUCCAAGAAGAUACUUUAGAGGAUAUAUGGCAACGCAAGGAAUUGAACACGAUCACCGUGGAACACGAAAUCAAAUUUAUAAAGCAAGCUGAGUUAGCAUUGCAAGCGUUUCGGGUAUUCUAUGAAAAGGCUGACAGCGAACCCAUACUGAGCAAUGAAGUGUACAUCGAUUGGGAGUCCAUCGUGGAAGACCUAACCUCACUUGCUUUGUACAUGCAAUUGGCUGGUUAUUUGGAUGUUGCUACUGAUGCUUGGCUGCUACACUAUCGCAUAACAAAUUUGAUAGACGAUGAUUAUAAUUCAAUACGCAGUCUCUCUUAUUUCUGUGAAAAUAGUGUAUACUUUCAAAAUGCGCAAAAUGCCAUUGAUUUGCGUAUAGAAGUGCCACACAAGCAAAAAUUCUUAUUGCACGCCUUGAAACAGUUACCAACGCUUAUUAAACGUUACCAAAAUCAUGUACUGAUGUGUCUCUGCCAAAUGGCACACUACUAUGCACGCACUGGGCAUCUGAAUUACGCACAAGCCUUGCUGCAGUAUGUGCAACAGGCACACGCAACGCUGCCUAAUCAACAGGGCAAAUAUAAUGUGGUCCUCGGUACAGUUGAUAUUGUGAAAUUUCGCAUUUUAUGGAAGCAUUUGGAUAGUGUUGUAGAUCGUGGAGACACUCAACUCUCACAACGUUGCCUGCUGCGUGAAAUGGAAGAUACUUUGGAGCGCUUUCGUGGUGAUUUCUUUAAACUCUCCAACAGUGAGUUGGUGUCAUAUACCAUUUUAUUAUUGAGUCUGGUAGAGGAGGUGGCCGAGUGUGCGGCCAAUCGUUUGUGUGAUCACUUUGUGAACUCAUAUUUCGCUGGCACCUUCAAGCUGCUCUUGCAAUCUGGUUCGGCUUUGCGCAUCAUACAAAUGUUAGCGAUGUGGGCAUGGAUUAAUUUACAAAUGGAAUAUGUGCAGAAGGCGCAGAUCAAGAUAAAAUUGAUUGAAUACAUAUUGGGUGCAAAAAAUAUCGACGAUUUGCGGCAGUUAAGUGAAGCACGCGCCGCUGAAAAGAAACUGGCUGCGCCCAACGGUUACAAUACGGCGGAGUUGUUGCACUCGGGCGUGGAGCCACUACGCAAAAUGAUACCGCUAUAUGCUUCGCCCAUAAAAACGCUGAAGAUACCACUUAGUCCAUCUGUGCAGGCCGAAAGUAGUCUCAAACGCUAUCUUCAACUAACCAGCAACGACACAUUGCAACAAUAUGAGAUUUUGCAAUGGUGUUGCUUUAUGGUUGGUUGCUUGAACGCAAGACUCUACUUUCUAGCCGAUAAUCAUGACAAAUUGGAGGAUUUCUAUGACUCUAGUCAACAAUGGUUGGAGCAGCAUGAACAAAGCAAGCAGCACAAUUUUCUACGCAUCAAAUUCCAGAAUAUACAAUUGCUGAGCAUGCAGCACUACGUCAACUAUCUGCGCAUGCAUAAGAAAUACGAAAAGGCACUCAGCUGCCUCGAAGCCGGAUUGCACCGCUACACGAGCGUUAAAGGAAAUGUCGAUACGGUUUAUCACAUAAAUUUUCUUCUGCAAUUGCGCGCUACCAAGAAAGAGUUGGCCGCGAAGAAAGAGGCUAAGAGUCAUGGCGGUUUGCGGCGCGCGUUGGCCUUCAAUGUGUCACCCGAUUUGGAGAACGCAACACUGUUGGCAGCGCCAGUAGUGGCGCCAAUUAAAACGGCGAAGAAAGUACCAGUUGCUGCAUUCAAAAUAUACGACAGCGACGAGAGUCUAAACAAGCAUACGCCUAAGCGUGCUGCUAUUGCACCGCUGCCAGAGGUUAGCAAAACUAAAGAGAAAACGCUCUCUUUGACGGCGCGGAAGACAAGGAAACUUUUGGCGACAGAAACACCCGCUAAAACCGGCGUUACAAAUGGCAUAAAAAGUAGCACAAAAUCGCUGACUGCCAGGAAGCUACGUGAAUUAAGAGCCGCUGCUGGUGAUUUGCACAGCAAUUCAUCGAAUUCAACGCCCGACUCGGAUGCUGACAAUAUACUGAAUCUUUGUCAGCGUAUCGAAUCCGUUGAUCUUGUGGACAGCGAUGAUGCCGGUAGCGGUAAGCACAAUGAAGUUGCAAAUUUAGAAACCAUGUCGAACAAUAAGCGUAGCGUACGCAAAGCCAGUCGCCAUAAUGAGAAUUUAUUGAAUAUUUGUCGUAAAAUUGAAUCCAUAGACUUGGCGGGCGAUGAGGAGCCGGCAUUAGCCUCAACUAAGCGUGUCUCAACCAAAGUGAAAGAAGAAAAAGACUGCAAAAGAAUACACACACCCGAAGUGAUAGACAUUUCCGACGACACUGACUCUUUUAAAACGCCCGAUUCGACUUUCGGUAAACUAACAGCACCACCGAAGACAACAACAAAUACCAAAGGUUCCACCAAAAAAGCGUCGCGUGCCGCACAAAGCAGGCGCAAUAGUAGAGAGACGAAUACAAAUGACGCUUCAGUCGAAGUGAGCGCUUCGUCAGCCGCUGGUGAGACAACAACACUUAUACCGUGCGAACCGCAAAUACAGGUUGUGGAAAAGAUCAAAAUAACCGAGGAUAAGAAGUCGACAACGACAAAGACACGCACGCGCACCAAAACCGAGGUGCGCACCCUCAAAGUGAUCACAAGAGAAACGGAAAUUAAGAUUUUGUCACCCGCCGCGCAAGCCGCAAGCAAGGACAAGCAGAGUGCGAACGCAACACGUGGUCGCGCACGCGCCACACGCAAAGCGGCGUCCAACGACAAUAACGAUGAAAACGUUGCACCACCUGUGACCGUUAGCCGUACGUUAAGCAGGCGUGCCAGACAAUAGUUAUAUUUGAAUUUUUACUCUUACCAUGUUAUUUUUUUCUUUACGUAGUUAAAUUACUGCAGCACUCUUUGCUAGACUAUUAAAUUAUUCUAGUUCUAACCCAAUUCAUUAUUAUUUUUGUAGUGUUGUAUUUUAGAUUUUUUUAUAUUUUUAACCAAAUGGUAAUUAAGUAUGCGCAAAUAUCCCCAAAAAAUUAAUAAAGGUGACGCUUAUUUAAAUGACCUGAAAACUAAUAACAGA